CAAGGGAUUUAGAGAGACAAAUACAAACACGCGAAAAACAAUACCUCCGCAGAAGGAGGUAACGAAGGUGGGUGUGUGCGCAUUCUUCACCCUUGACCUGACCUACAGCAUGACGUAAGCCUUCCGAAACCUUUCUUCCAAGAACACUGCUGCGCCUAGUUUCACAUCCCCUACUAAUAAGAAUAUAAAACAGAACGUGGCUUGUUGUAAGCGUUGUUCAGAAGUUCUCGAGGAAUCAUAGUGGCCGCAUCAUGGCGGGGAAAAUUCAAGAGUUGGACGACGUCAUUGACGACCAGUUCCUAACGUGUGCCGUCUGCAAGUUGCACUUCCGGGAUCCCAGAAUACUGCCAUGUCUGCACACAUUUUGUAAAGAUUGCCUGGAGAUUUGGGCUACGAAACAACAGCCGCUGGACUGUCCAACCUGUCGCAGAAACGUCAGUCUACCAGACCAAGGUGUGGACGGACUGAGGACCAACAUUUACGUCAACAACCUGCUGGACUUCGCGGCCGUGAAGAAAGGGGCGGAGCCAGGUGUGCCGUGCCAGGUGUGCGAGGGGAAGGAGGGAGGGACGCGGGCAUGGUGCGUACAGUGUGCCGUUCUGCUUUGUGAGUCCUGUACAAACACACAUAACAGGUUUCCAACCAUGAAAGGGCAUCAGAUCGUGAACCACGAGAAUCUAAAGGCCACUGAAUUUCAGCGCAAAGCGUUUUGCUCAAAGCACGAAGACCAAGUCUUAACUUUCUACUGUGAACCCUGUCAGACUUUGGUCUGUGCCGCUUGUGCCGUUGUCGACCAUCGGUUGGACGAUGAACACAAGCCCGUAGAAAUCGGCGACAUCGCUGAAAAGAAGAAACUAGACCUUCAAGAACUGCUGGGAAAGGUAGAUGCUCGAGCUAGCGAGGCACAGACGGUGUUGAACAACGUAGAGAAAGAAAUUUCGGAGUUGCCCACAUCGAUUGACGCAGCGAUUGAACAGGCCACGGUCUGUUUCGAUCAUCUGGUCACCUUACUUCAAGACAGAAAAACAGAAGUCAUCAAUAACAUAGAGUCGGACCGCCAGGAGUUUAAAAAAAGUUUGGAAACUCAGAAAGAAGCGAUGGAGUUUGAGUUGUCAGGACUGACGAGCGCGUCUGAAUUCUGUAAACAAGCUUUGGAACACGGCAGUGACGCUCACGUCAUUGUGGCGGAAGGUCAAGCCAGACAGAGGGUGGAAGAGCUGCUGACAACUCCAACCGACCUGACAGACCGGCCAAGUCAAGUCGUGUUCUCGGAGGGGACGGCUGUGGCAGUGGUAAGGAGAAACAUGAAGAAGGCAGGUGGUGUAAAAGUCACAACUAAGGUGGACGUAUGCAAAUGUUCAGUUGAAGUAAACCCUGCCGUCGUAGACGUCUCAAGUUUCUCUUUCUUAAAAACAUUAGACAAAAACGGACAUCUUUGUUUUGUGCCUAAAGAUGACGUCACCGUCACCCUGCAGGACCCUUUCGGUUAUGACUUACCGACAAGGCUGCGAGAGAACUGGAGGGGCUUGUGGGAAAUUUCAUACAUACCCAAGGUCACGUGGUACCAUAGUUUAGACGUCAAGGUGAACAGUCAGCCUGUGGCCGGGAGUCCGUUUUACGUCAAAGUACGAAAGGCCAUCAGAGCUACUCGCACCACAGCAGCAAGCAAGCCCUUCGCGCCAGUCACCAGCUCUGUGGGCGGACGAAGCACUGCAUCAGUUGGAGGCCGGUCCGCCAGACUCGGUCCUAAGACCACCUCAGCUGGCAGCAGCGGCCGAGUGUUUGGUGCAAGCCGGGUUGCAAAGCCAGCCCCAACUGUUGGGUUUAACUCCAGUGCACCCAGCCAACCCUCGUUCCAGUUUGGCUCAGGCUCGCAGCAGCGUCCGGAGGUGUUUAACUUCGCUGCUGCCGUCCCUGAAGGAAGCGCGCCAGGCGAGGGGUUCAAAUUCAGCACAGUGACGGGAACACCGGUACCAGCCUCACAGCCCGCUGCUCCAGGUCCUUUCGACUGGUCCUGUCAACACGUACCUGGUCCCAGACGCACCAGCAAAAGAUUUAGAGUUAAACACAGGAAGAAUUGAUCUUCUGACAGGAUAUAGAGUCUGAUUAACUAUUACAUCAGUAUACAUAGUGUACUGAACUUAUCCAGUUCUACGAAAAAGCAGCGUUGAGCCUCCAGAACUGUUUAUCAGUCAUUGCAGGCAGAAAUUCAGGUCCUUUUGAACUAGUUUAUGUUUCAGUGUUGUACUUUCAUUCAUAAUAGGACGGCCAAGCUUCUUUUUCGUGUCAGGACCAAAAGUAGGAGACUUCUGAUUGGUUCUCCGGUACGUAUCCUGUAAGGUUUAGUCGACGACGUUUCACUAUACCGUGGUGACAUUUGGUAAUGCUUCAUGUACUAGUAACUGUAGUGUGUUUCCGCCAUUAUGUGUUGUAAACUAACGUUACCC